AUGGCGGAAAAAUUUGAACAAGGAGGGAAUUUUCAAAUCGUAUUUUUGAUCGAUGUGUUUGUUGAGGAACAAAAUAUUUGUGAACAAGAUUUAGAAGACAUUUUCAACUUAAAGUCUCGAGCAAUUUCGCUAUGUGUUUUGCGGUUGUUACUGCAUUUUAAUUCCCUUGUUGAGUGCGGGAACUUCGCUCCUUUGAAAUGGGGUUUCAAAUUUUAUAAUUCGAAUGUCCUCAAUUUUGAAUACAAACGACGACGGUUCUACGAACUGAACAGUGGGUCUUUUGAACAGUUCGAGGAGGAAAUGAGGCAGCGUUUUACAAAUGCCUGUAGUGGUCAGAAUUCGGCAAAAACUGCCGGUGUAAAAAGUUUAUCAUGUUGUCUGACUGAAAUUUUACAUGAUUUUCCAUGGGUGACUCCAGACAUCAGCUCACCUUCGAGAAGUGCUAAGUAUGAUCAAUUUAACAGUCAAGGCAACAGGCCUAGGAAUUAUUUAUUUGUGGUCAGUGAUUGCCCUCUAUCGGAUGGGGAUAUGUGUCGGUUUUUGGGCAGAAAUGAAAGCUCGUUUGAUGCCGAGGUUGUGUUCAAAGAAAUAUUUUCUACGGCAUUGUAUGAAGAGUUUCACAGCAAAUGUGGUUUGUUGUUGUUCUGGAUUGAUUCGGGUCUGUGGUGCGUUGCACCCGAGAAAUUGAAGACGUCCGUUGAGGUUCGUGUUAUUUGUUACAUUUUCUGUUGCUAUGGUUACAGGGCAGUAGAUGGUGGUCGACUAGGUACAUAUAUUAUUGCGAAGAAAAUAUCCAACUGAAAAAGUUACUGGUCAAUUAAUGUGACGGCACUUAUUCUGAAGCUUGCUCGCUACUCACAAAAUUGAUUAUGUGUUUCGUUGUUCAUUUACUAAUUUGUUUUGUUUUUGAUACUGAAUUUUAAGGAUUGGAAAGGAUACAGCUUGAUAUCAUGCGUCACUAAACAACUUUGUGGAAAUAUAGUCCCAAUUUCAUCUCUCGUACAAGACACUAGAAACAUUCAUCUGCCUCACUUGGGAAACAGUACAUUGAGUCCAAAGGGGUUUAAACUAAAGGCCAACACGUUGGCAGAGGUCCGAGUGAUGACGGCUGCUUUCAAAUUUUCAUUUGGGAAAAUCGUUGAGGCGUUUCUCAGUGGAAAAGACUUGAUCAGUGAAGCUGUAAUUAAUGAUGUAAAACUAAUCCCAAAUAGUAAUGGAUUAUUGAAAGGAAUCUUGCAUUUUCAAGGUAAGAUCAUAAUGGGUCAUUCCAGAAAACAUCCAUACCACCCCCACAGUAUGAUCAGAAACAUUUCUCUAUCCCCUCCCCCUCCAGACGGCAGAAAUUUCCUCCGUGAGGGGAGUAUGGAUCUUUUCUGGAACGACCCAAUAUAUUUUCUGGAGCCAUCCUGCAUUGCACUAUGGGGUAUUUGUGGUAUCUGCGAGGUCCUUAAAUAUACAGUUAUCUAGUUAUAACUCCACAGUUGCUUGUAAGAAUAUUACUUCCAAUUUGACUUGAUCUACCAAACACUGGCAACACUGCACCCUUGAAACAAACUCAGCUGGGCGUUUGUUAUGGGGGUUAGAGGUAUCGGUGAAUGUCAGGGUGUUAUUAAGUGAUUAUGAACAGAUGCCAAGUUUAUCGACAUCACCCGCAACGAACGCCCAUGAGGUAGAAGAACUUGUAGAGCUAUCCAGCAUAAAUAAAGUUAUAUAUAGUCCAUUUUCCUUCUUUUGUGAAUAAACACAAUCAGAAGAAUGAAAUGGUAACUCCAGUAUCAUGCAGAUGUACAAAUUUGCACAACUUUAUUUCCUUCAGAAAAAAGGGUUUGCUCUGUUGUGCUAUCACACAUACUCCAGAAGAAGUCGACCUCCACUCCUGGCGAGUGCAGUUCUAACAUUGAAACACCUGGAUCUGAUGACAUAGAUAAUCACCACCAUGAUAAUGUAAACGUGGAAAAACCAAGCUCUGAUGAUAACUCAUCAUUGGCUGCUUCUCAACAAACACUUCCAGAUUCAGAUCCAAAAACUAACGAUGAAGUAAACAGUUUAACAUCAACAAACAGCAACAUAGAACUAAAGGCAGAACGAGAGAGUUUAGAAAAUUGUUUUGUAAUCAAAGGUGUUAUUGCCAGUGCUGACGUCUCUCCAUCGUGGAUGCAUCCGACAAAGUUAUACUCCUGUUUUAGUGGGGAAACUUUGAAUAGUCGAGAGGUUGAUAAUACAGAAGAUGCUGGACUGUUUCAGCAGAUGUUGUCUCUAAUUGGUAGUAAAUCUCUCAGCAUGGUAAGUCUUGGGUGUGCUCAUGUGUUUGAGUUUCUGGGUAUGAUUUUGAAAUGCUCACACACAUACAAUUGCAAGCCUGAAAAUAAGUAGCUGGACACGGACACUGUCCAACAUGGAAAGGGCAAAUGUCUGGCAGUAGUAUGUCUGUAUGGUACAGUGAUACUGCUAUUAAAAAUAAUAAUUAUAUUGAUGAAAAGCAGAAGAUACAUUAAAUACUGUGAAUAUAUCUGUUUUAAAAAGUAAGUAAUAGCUACAGUAGCUAUAUACAGUGCACACUAUAGUAUAAAUUUUUCGAAGAAAAAAUUUUGUCAUAAAAAUUUUUCAUGAAAACUUCCUGUCACGACAAAACUUGCCCCUGUCUUUUUUGCGCUUGCUGCCGGGCCACAUGUAAAUACAUGAUUGUUUGCAUUUUCAAUAUGGCUUCUUAGUAGUAAUAUUAUAAGCAAGCAAUCGUCUUUCAUCUUUGCUUAAUUUCUCUUCACAGGUUGUCGAGUACCAAGAUCCUGACACAGGCACACAUGUUACAGGCCUGCUUCAGCCAAUCACCUUGCUUUGUGCCAUACUGAGCAUGGUCAAGAAAGACAAGCUGCUACUGGUUGAGAAGGCUCUGCUACGUCAUAGAUCACAUGGCUACAUACUAGUCCCAUGUGACGUCACAUCAGAUGAAGGUGACUCCGAGAUGUUACCAUUUGAUCUCCGAGAGAAUAAAGAGGAACUUGGAAAUGGUGAAGGAAUAAGUAGUACAUUGUCAAGGCCAAAAGAUGGGAACGAUAGUGAAAAGGGCAUCACUCAUUCAUACAUCUGGUAAGAAUACUUUAUUUAGGGAAAAUAUGUUUGAGACAGUUUGUUAGAAUGAUGAUCUUUUUCUAUUAGAGGGGUGGAAAAAAUAGGUGAGCACUGCUCGCAGGAAAUGUUAAACAGCUGCAGGAAAUUCGUUUGAAUGAAGAUUUGCUAUUGAAAAUUUGAAUGAAACCUUAACACCCAUGUCCCACCAAGGGGGCAACAACAUAUGGUUGACAGAUAUUAUUCCUUGAAUUUAAAACCAUGGUCAGCUAGAACACUAUAUGUUUAUGCACAUGCAGAUUUAGCACAAAAAUACUCCGUUGGUCUGCAGAAAGUUUUUGUGUCCAGGUUGUGCUCCCAGGAAAAAAUUCUUCCUGCCCUGUGGAUUGGCUUCGGAUCAGAUUUGAACAUCUCUAUUUUCUAUUAUAAAUCAUGUAAAUGAAUGUUUAUAUGAGUUAUGCAUUUUUUAAAAACAGCAGUUUUCAAAAGAAGAAGUUGAAAGAACCCGAGUCGGGAAAGGAACUGCGUCUAAAGCUCAAAGAUUAUUAUUCCAAGAAGGAAUCUAAAUCAAACAGCGAGAAGACUGCAGCUCAAGCCCCGGCGUUGACGAGGGGGAAAUUGUUGCAAGAAACUUCACAAAAAAAUAUAACUUCAAAACUGAACGAAAGUGAAGCUCAGAAUAAGAUAGUGGACAGCGCAAUGGAAACUGAAGAUUCAACUGCAACGCUGUCAAAUUUGGACUCAGAACAAACUGAUGCAAUGGACGAAGACCUACCUGAUAUGUCAGGUAAAAGCUGCUCAUGUCUCUAAAUCUCGUUUAAUUUCAAACCCUCCAGCAACAGGAGGAAAGUAUUGGACCAUUUAUUUGUCCCAGGAAAUAUUUCCCUAAGAAAAAAACAAACAAUAAUUGUAACAAUGUAGAAAAAGGAGAAAUUCGAAGUAAAUAUUUGAACCAAUAGAAAGAAUGUUACCUGUACCAGUACUGUAAGCAUGACUUCAGAAACGCAAUUAUAAGUGCAUCCAUCUUAAUAGUGUAUAAAUGUGUGGACUAUAGAAUGAUGUAACAAAUGUUGUGUGGCAAAUGCAUUUUUAGCCAAUAUGGGACACCUGAUUUUACAAAUUUUUCUGGGAAAGCAUGGAUCCCUGAUAGUAUGUGCCCCCUAGUAGUUCUUUUUCUGGCAUCUGUAUUUACCUUAUAAGAUCAGACCCUAGUUAUCUAAAUUAGUUUCAUGUUACAUUCCUAAAAGUAUUAUUAAGAUUUCUCACUGCACCGAAAUUUUUUCUGUUAGAAUACAGCAUGACAUUCAGUUUGACAACUUGUUAGUGUUACACAGUUACAUUGUCCAAGUGUCGAUUUUAUACUUGAGUAUUUGCAGGAAAAUUUUCAAUGUUUCCUUACUGCAUAUACCAAAUGUCGAUUCCUUUACUUCUACAGUUAUUCAAAGUGUUGACGAUCUGAAGACAAAGCUAGAAAACGAGUAUCAAAGAUGUCUUAACCAAGUACGUGAGAAUUUUUGUAGAAUUCCAUGCUAGCAAAUUUGAAAACGACAUCAAAUUGUGGAUGUAUACUGUUAUACAAAUGGACAAUAAUUUUGAUUUCAUUUUUUUGUAUUUUAUUCUAGGAGCAGUCUGUGACUGUUUAUGUAAGCCGUGCUUUUCAGAUGAUCUUGCACUUUAAACAUUCUGGUCAACUGAAAGAUGUCGUAAGUUUACUGUGUAACUAGAUGUUUGAGUACUCAAAAACCAUCUCGAGGCUCAACCUAGCAAGCCAGGGUCUAGCUCAGUUGGUUAGAGUGUUCAGGACUUAAAAAAUAGGCGUACGCGGGGACGAACAAUGGACCUAUUCCCUAAUGAACAAAAUUUUGAUCUAGACAAGUCUAGAUAACGAUUUCAUCACAGCUUGAAAGAGCUUCACAAAAUUAGUAAUAUUCCGAAGUUUCGUUGCGAAAUGUUGUAAAAUGCAGAUAAUAUAUGCGAAGUUUGCCGUUUUACAAAAUGACUGAAAAACGGCAAACUUCGCAGGGCUAUAUUAUCUGCAUUUUACAACAUUUCGCAACGAAACUUCGGAAUAUUACUAAUUUUGUGAUGCUCUUUCAAGCUGUGAUGAACUCUUUGUCUAGAGUUGUCUAGAUCAAAGUUUUGUUCAUUAGGGAAUAGGUCCAUUGUACGCCGAAAUUAGCUUGGCGCACGCCAAGAAUUUCAGACAAAUACGUACAUGCACUUUCUACAUCAGAGCUGAACCGUUGCCCCUUUCUAUUUGCCUUGAAAUCCUUCAGACAAUGAACAAACAUUUGCCUUUAACCCUGAUUCUGAAAUAUCCAUACAUUUAUAACAAUCAAACAUGAAACAUUGAUCUAGAAGCAUCGAGUUCACUGCCUGAUAUAUGUAUAAUCUAUAUUUUUAUGUAGGAUGAAAUCGAUAGUUUGUUGAAGUCCACAGUACUGCGUGAUGACAAAAAAUCUCGGGAAAUUUCUGAUGCUGAAAAAAAUGAAUCGGACAAAGAAAGAGUUGUUUUAGAGUAAGGGCAUCUUUUGGUGUUCACUGAUAAUAAUUGUUCUACAUAACUUACGUAGUAUAUAUUGAGCUAUAAAUCCUUGUUGCUAGUGCAGAGUACAUGUAAAUGUGUAACUAUAGUACGGAACCAACCUGAUACUCAGGAUCCCAACCUUCCCUUAGCAGCAAUAUCAAGAAACAACAACUUUUUUUUCUUGCAGAUAUAAAUUACAGGUGUAUCUUCGUCUGGAGUUUGCGGACAAAAUUGGCGUCGUUGAUGAAGAAAAGAUAGCUGACGAGGUCAGUUUCGGUCAAAAAUAUAUUUUACAAGGAAAACCAUCGGUUUUUAGGCAGAGUGAACUGACAAAAGGAGAACACAAAGGCGCAUUGUAACCCAUUAAGUGCAACAGCUUCCUUUCCACGAUCCAUGCAUGAAGCUUAUUGCAACUUAAAUAGUUAACCCUUUAAUUUGCAUUGCAAUACUUUAUUAUUUUACUCUGUCUCGGCGGUUUUUCUAAAAGUUCCAAUUUUCCAUAUUUAUCUUAUAUUUUAAUUCCAGAUCACUUCGGUGCUUCGUGCGAUAUCAUUUCAAAAGGAUCCUGCGUAUCUCAGCUCGUUCCUGAAGAACAGCGUCAUACCAAGAUACGCAGACAAUCUUUCCAGUCUCUUGUGUCAGGUGUAUGAUGGUUUAAUGCAAAGACCUCCCAAGGAAAUUCUUUCUCCUUCACAAGUUACGAGUGAAGAAGACACACCAUUGAAAUCCCGCAAAACUCUUUCUUCCAGUAAAAAAGCUAAAAGUGUCGAGGAAGCACAGUAAGUUAUUAAUAAAGGGUGAUGGGGUAUUUAUAAAUAAAGUUAGUUUAGUUUAGGUUUCCUUCUGCAGUAACACUGGAUCAAUAAGAGAUGAUCCUUACUGGACCUCUAGGAAGAACAGUUUAGAACUGAUAGAGCUAUCCAGUAUAAAUAAAGUUAGUUUAGUUUAGGUUUUCUCCUGUAGUAACAUUGGAUCAAUAAGAGGUGAUUCUUACUGGACCUCUAGGAAGAACAGUUUAGAACUGAUAGAGCUAUCCAGUAUAAAUAAAGUUAGUUUAGUUUAGGUUUCCUCCUGUAGUAACACUGGAUCAAUAAGAGAUGAUCCUUACUGAACCUCUAGAUUGAGAUGGCAGACCCUUUUAGUUCCACGGUAUUUUUUUUAAGUUUAAAAAAUUGAUAUGUUUACAGUUCUGAAAGUUCUCAAAGCUCUCGUACGUUAGUGCGAAGGCACAGCGUAAUGGGUGUUCCUGCCAAGAGACGCGAGAUUGUCAUUCCUGUGAAAGGGAAAUCUAACAAGACUCGGAAAAAAAUUGGCAGCGCUGGGAAGAAGAGCGGAAAGAAACAUACGAUGAAGAAGAAGCCAGUCACUCCAGUCAAAAAAGUUCGACGAAAUCUGUUCGAAGGAAAUGGGAGUAAAUCGUCGCCUAAGAAACACUCGAAGAUUGCUUCUUCCAAAUCAGAACGAGGCAAUCUCACCCGACGUCACUCGAUCGCAGGUAACUUAGCAGUUUUGUGUUUAUAACCUCCACGUUUAUACCACAUGCCCUGUGUGUAGCACAAUAUUUACCACCAAUUACUUUGUUUAGUCCUUGAAAUAUCAAUUACUAAACAAUAUUUGUUCUAAUCGUCAAUCUGGUCUACUUUAUGGCCUGGUUAUUUUCGAAAACGACGUACUAUUUCGUAAAACUGAUUUAGUUAUUUCCCAUCUUAAAUCUUGAAGUUAUCUUGUUGAAGAAUAAAAGCAGUGAUACAUUAUAAUUUGGCUAUGGAGCUCAGUUGUGUUGCUAUUUAAGGAAUAUACACUAGUUAAUUUGGACGAUUUUAACAACUAGUUAAAACCUAUAGCCGAUCUUUAUCUGAUAUACAAACUCUCGCCGAAAACGUGCUUAAAAAACGACCCAUCUUAUGAGUUCAUUGGCGAAGUAAUUUUAAAAAUAAACAUUAUCUAAGCCGAGAAAAUCAGAGCUGAAGUUUAUGUAAAUCAGGACAAAUCUUUAUCCGAUUUACAAACAUUGAUUAAACAUUCAUUUCUUUUGUAUUUUCCUCGUGAAUUAUUAAUGAGUUUUUUAAGUACUAGUUAAAACACUAGCAGGAGCGCUUUAUCAGAUAUAAAACACGAGACGAUAGCCGACUGCGAGUGUUUUAAAUGGCUUGAGUGUGCGAGUGCUUUAAAUGACUCAUCUUAAUGAGUUUAUUGGCGAAGUAAUUUUAAAAAUCAAGUUUGUCUAAGCCGAGAAAAUCAAAUCACAGACACGGCAGUGAUUGCCUUUGUCUUUCCCUCAUGAAUUAUUAAUGAGUCUUUUUAGACUCCCUCUCCUCAGAAUACUCCUGAAAGCCUUGAACUAAUAGAGCUAUCCAGUAUAAAUAAAGUUAAUUUAUCUUUGUUUUAGCCUUCAGCAAGUCAAAUAAAGUUGCUGACACUCCAAUGGGGAAACAGGUCUCUCAGCGUAUGUUACGUCGACAGGAAUGGGCAAGGUAAGGUUGUUAGCAUCCUUACAGAUGGGAGUGAAUGAUUAACGUACAUGACAUGAUCAAGUCGCCAUGUGAUAUGAUCAUAGAUAUCUUAAAUACAACUAGAUAGCGCAUCUCUUUUAGUAAAAUUGAAGCCAAGAAUAUUCCAGCGGUUACCCCCAUUUGAAUAGAUGGCGGCCAUGUUGGUAUUUCCCACUCACUAAUAAACGCUUAAAAAACAACAAUAACUUUGAUCAUUUGAAUAGUUUCAAAAUGUAUUUGCAAUAAGUUUAACUUAAUGUUUAAGUUCCGUAUUUAAAAAAUAGAAAACAUACGAAUCUUCUCAUUUCAUGGGAAUAUCCUGAGUCUGCAAUCACGGCUUCAAUUUUUGAAUUGCAGAAUAAUUAGAUGCACUAUCCAGUGUAUAUAAGAUAUCUAUGGAUAUGAUUCAAGUCACCCGCUUACGUAAGGCGCGAUUCGAUGAUAAAUUUCAUGCUCACGUGGCGCAAACUUGGCUUUCUGAUUGGAUACUUUGAAUUUGAGAUGAAAUAUUCAAUAAUAUUCUAGACGUCGUUCAAAGACUGUAACAGAUGUCACAGUUGUUGGAGAAUCACCUGAGAAAGACGAUGGUAAGUUUUAAGUUUUAUUUUACCGUAUUGGGAUGUUGUUACCACAGCCAUCAGUAACUUCGGCCGUUAACACGAACAUAAACAAGAAAAAUACAAAAUACAAAAUACAAUUUGUGAUUCUCGAUGUUUCCCUGUUUGCCCAUCCGUGGAAACAUUGUUGCGGAAACAAAAUUUGCUUCCCAAGAAGCAAAAAUGUUUCGUAUCAAAUUCAGAAACAUUUGAUGUUUCCCUAUGUUUCUCACCAAUGUUUCCUAGUGUUUGCCCACUCUGGGAAAGAUGGCGAAACAUUGGCAGGAAACAAUGUUUCCGCAACAAUGUUUCCUAGUUUGCCUAGGGCUUUACGAUUCCGAACAAAUUAACAAACUAACAAACUCACGCUGCGCAGCGAAUGCAAAGCGAUACCAAACACUUUGUCUGGGUACCGCAAUUAAAGAGCUAUCCAAUGUAGAUAAAAUUAGUUGAGUUAUUAUUAUUUUCACUGAAAUUUCACUGAAUGUUUUCUCAAAGCCAUUCUUCCUCGAAAGAGUCCACGUCGAAAAGCAGCCACGUUUUAUUCUGCCUCUCAACGAGCGCCAUCCACCGCGAAAACAACCAACAAAAACUUUUCAACAGCCGAAUGUACUGCUGAGGACAAGACCGACUCAGUGCCUGAUAACAAAAGCGGUAGAACACUACAUCGAGCCAAAAGUAUGAACAUAGACACUGGUUUCGACAGUGUUUCUAGUCCCAGGAAGAAAUACACAAAAUUAUUAAGUACCGAUGGAUCAUCCUCUCCUAAACUUGAUAAAGACGACUGUUUUGCAGAGGUCUUUCUGGAAACUGGUGAUGGGAAUGAAAGGACUAUUCUUUCAGCUUUUACUUCGGAUAGACAAGGAGAUGUCCCAUCUGUUCAACAUAGCCCUAGAGACACCUGUGAUGAUCCCAAUUUACCCCUAAGUACCUCUACCAAACCCUCAAGAAAACACAAUAAAGCAACCGAGUUUCCAUCCUCUGUCACCCCUAAAAAAUCUACAUCCCCUCUCACUGCAGUUCACUCUAGAAGAUCAGUGUCUCGGAGAUCCAAUUCAUCACCCUCAUUGUCAACUACUCCUCCACUAAAACCCUCAAAAUCCCCACUUAUCACCCAUAAAUCAUUUCCGACAACUUCGCCUGUCUUGUUUAAGUCACCAAAAACAACACCGAAGUCAUCCCCGAUCAAUUUUAGCCCCGAUCAAAUAUUCGAUAUUGCUAUUCCACUUGUACCGGUUAAAAGUCCGUUGGUAAGACCAACAAAAACUGACUCGACAAAAAAUUCUAGGCUCAAAACUAGUCCUUUGAGAAAAUCCGAUAUAAAAGUGAUGGCGUCACCAUCGGAAUGUGUCAGUGCAUCCUCGGAAGUUGUCGUAGGAGUUGUUGGAACCGAGUCGGAAAGUGUCGGACUAAAAUCGGAAAAUGUCGUGAAUGACUCGGAAAGUGUCGUCGCAGUUUCGCCAUUACUGAAUCGAAAACGGUCUUCAAUAUCGAGUGCGAAAUUUUUGCGGUCGAAAACAUCUUUGAAUUUUGGAAGUUCCCCGAGAAGCAGGGGGGUUGAUUCUGACUCAACAACAUAUGACGUAACAAACCAAGAGGGCGAUUUCCCGACCACGAGCAAUGUUGAAGUACAGAGGCCUGGUGUUGAGUUCGAUAAUGAAGUACUGGACUCCGCCGUGGCUCCAGAACAGACCGAGGUGUUUAAAAGUCCCGUUACGACAAAACGCAAGAGAAUCGGGUCAACACGGACGGGGAAUGUAAGCCCUUUGAAUCAGAUUUUGAAACAACGAAAAAAUAACAGAAAUACCCCACCAGGUAAGAAGUAUUGUCUCAAUCAAGGGGGUUGCGAAUACUCUUUGUUUGGGGGGUGCUCCGGUAAACUUUUAUGCUUGUUCCGAGCGUUUGACAGGUUUUAAUCUGAUCUGCCAACAGGCUGCGGAGUAAAACUUUGUCAGGGGCCCCUAUGACGUUAUAAUUGUAAAAUGGGAGUGGCGGUGUUUUACAAUAUAGUAGUACACUUUAAGUUCUUUGUAGGUUUGCAUGGCGAUAAAACAUAUAAUAAUUUUUGUUUGUGGAAAUUUAUUACCGCAAAGCUUUCGAUCCGUACAGUAAGCCCGGAUAUUCAUCAGUGCUAAUAAUAUAUCUUCAUCAUUACUACAUAUUAUUAGCACUGAUGAAGAUCCGGGCUUACGGAUCGAAAGCUUGGCAGUAAUAAAUUUUCGUGGUGUUUCCACAAACAAAGCGUAUUAUAGUACACUUUAUUGCACAUUAUCCGACACUAACGCAGCCAUGGUUUAUAUUCUUAGUUAAGCAAUCUCUUUAAGGCCCAUCGUUGCUUUGGGAGCCUCUCUUGUGCUAGAGGCCCAGGACAAACUAGCCUCACAUUGAUUGGUUGAGCCGCUUCAAACCUUCAGAUGCUUUUACAAACAUUAGACCUUUUUGUAUCUGCGAUUGUUUAUCCUUGGCCGCAAAGAACGCUUUAUAUCCAAUUCAAUCUCUUUAGGUACACCACGGGGUGAAACGUAUAAACUGGAGAGGACAGAAAACUCGAAUUCCUGUAAAGGAGAAACUCAAUUGAAACAAAUUUCAAUUCGCAGAAAACAAAAAAUUAAAUCAGAAACAGCUGACGCAGAGGAGACCGAUAGAAGACAACUGGAUAGCUCUCCUUUUUACGUCUCAGACGAUAAUCUGUCGCCUGACAAAAAUAACUUAAAUCUUUCUGCUCAACAACAAAGAAACACGAAGUUGGUUUCUUCGCCUUGCAAUCUAAAACCGCAUUUUACACCAAUGUCACUAUCGGCUGAUAGUCUAAAACAUUUGCAAGAGUCGCCGGUUUUACUGGGUUCUAGUCCCCAGUCUUCCGACUUGCGGACCAGAAAAUGGUCCGAACGUAAAUCUCCAUUGAGUACAUCCCAACAUUCCUUGCGCAAGCGCAUCCGUCACGAUUCGUAGUUUGCUAUUUUUUGUUGUAAUUUGCAUUUUGCCCUGUCAAAGAAUGUCCGAUAUUGUACUGUGUCUGUGCGGAUUGUAUUACAUAAAAUAUUGAGUGCAGUUGUGAUUUUGAAGCUAAAAACCGCUAGUGUUCUUGUUAGUUCGGAAAAAAUCUACGGGCAGUAGCCUUCUAAAGUUUUAUUUGUCAGACGCAAAUUUAACCGGCUUGUUGGAACAACUUUGUAGAAGGAUGUUUGACUCGUCAA